AUGGAACUUGAUAUGUAUACAUAUAGUAUUAUGAUUGAAGGGAUGUGCAAGGCUGGGAAGGUGGAAGAUGGGUGGGAUCUAUUUUGUAGUCUGAGCCUUAAAGGAGUGAAGCCUAAUAUUGUAACCUACACUACAAUGAUCUCAGGCUUCUGUAGCAAAAACCUACUGCAAGAAGCAGAUGCCUUGUUCAUGAAAAUGAAAGAAGAUGGGCCUUUGCCAGAUGACCGUACCUAUAACACGCUUAUUAGGGCACAUCUUAGAGAUGGUGACAAAACCGCAUCAGCUGAAUUCAUCAAAGAAAUGAGGAAUUGCGGGUUUGCUGGAAAUGCUUCAACUUUUGGCUUGAUCACUAAUAUGUUGCAUGAUGGGAGAUUGGACAAAAGCUUUCUCAAUAUGCUUUCUUAG